AUGGUCGAUUUCCUCUACACGGGAAGAUUCUGUCUGGAUAAGGCAAUGGUUGAGUGCAUUGGUGCUGAACUCGACAGCGAUGAUGGCGAAAAGAAGCAGCACUGGACGAUUCUGUCCUUGAUCAAGUGUUAUGUGGCGGCCGAUAAGUAUGAAAUUCCGCACAUGGCGGGUUACACACUCAGAGAAAUCCGUGACGCCACGGAAGACGAAGACGACGGAUUUGCAUACUACAUGCGGGAAUCCUUCCCCGACACCAUCAAGUUCGUCUACGACAACACGCAUCCAGCGUCGUCCAUGGGUCGGAGGCUCCGAGUCUAUUUCUUGGGCAUCUGCAAGACCCGCCUCCCCGCCUUGUACUUGAACCCGCGUUUCCAGUCCGCCCUAGAUCCCGUCGACGAGUUUUGGAAGGAGCUCGUGCGCGCACAGGCCGAUAUCGCCCCGUCGAACCGUCACGGCCCGGCCUGGUGCAAAUGCCCCAACUGUGACGAGUGUUUCCCAGUAUUGCUUGGGCCCGGGGACCACAGCAAGACGAAAGUUAAGGGAAAGUUUUGCCCCUUCUGUGUCGGUCUCCCGUCUCACUCGUUACCCGGCAUAAACGACGAGUUCCUCAUCGUACCGGCGCCGGCCGAUGACAAUAGCCCAGCCGGUUCAGAUGGUGUGGCGGAGAGGAAACGACUUGUCGAGCACGCGAUAAGGAGGGACAUAAAGGCUAGGGACAAGAAAGUAUGGGAAGAGUCCUCCAAAAGAAGAAGACUCAGAUGA